AGUUGCCACCCUCUAUAACAUUAUUAAAUGGAAAGAAAAAGUAGAGAGAACGGAAAUGGUGGUCUGUCCUAUGUACGGAGAUACUACGAAGUAAUUGCUAGUGGUUGAUGAUUACAUUCAAAAAUGCUCAUAUGCCAGAUAAGACACUGGUACAGCCAUGUCCAUAGACCCAGAUGUUACUGUGCAGGCCCUGUAUGAUUUCAGCUAUGUCACUGAUGAUGGUAGGCAAAUAUCAUUGAAGAAAGGAGAAGAAUAUUUACUUCUGAAGAAAGCAAACAAAGACUGGUGGCAAGUAAUGCGUGAUGGAGAAAAGAAAGCAUUUUAUGCACCAGCAAGUUAUGUAGUAAUUGUAUCUGGUUUAGGGACUAAUCAUGAGGAAGAACCUUUAGAUAAAACUGACACCAAUGCCAACAUAGUGUUAGAAGAUAAUUUCAGAAGUAAUUUUAACAGCGAUCAAGACCACAAACUGUUGCCUAAAAACAAAGUUGUUACUAACGGAAACAAUAACACUACUAUUUCAGCUAAGAUCACCAAUGUUCAGAAACGGGCAGCGCUAUCCUUCAACAAUCCACUUUGUGCCGAUGAUGAUUUUGAAGAACCAGAAGCUGAUUACACUGAUGAAGAUCGGGAAACUGAGGAAAGUCUGGAUGAUGAUGGGAAUAAGUCGACUGAUAGUGCGUCAGGAGAAGUUAUUAGAAAAAUGGAUGAGAGUGAAAACAGCAAGAACACAACUCCUACAUCAGCUGUGCAGACACAGAAUAUUCAGCAACCGUCCAGUCCAAUCUAUGCCAACCUACCAAUUGUGUCAAGGAUGACCCCCCCUUUUCCCUCACCAAGUGAUUCUCCCCUACGUAUUUUACUUGAUGACUGGGUAGAGUAUGCAGAUGAAACUGGUAGAAAAUUUUACUUUAAUAAAUUAACUCAUGAGAAAUCUUGGAAACCACCACGAAGAAAGAACAAUAAACAGGACUGCCCCAGUAACAGUAAAAGCAACAGUCCAUUGGCAGAUACCAGUCCAGAUGUUACUAGACCUUUUCUUCAGUAUGAAAUAAAACAAGACAUCCAUGGGACAAGUAAAGAGAAUGUGUCAUAUAAAAAUGUCAUAUGUCUUUCACCACCAAAAUCACCUAAAUCUAAGAGUCAAAGGUGGAAGUUAAAGCUUAAUCCUGGAUAUGGAAGUAGUACUGAUAGUUUAGACUCCCCCGAAUCACCUUCUACCUUGUCCAGUAAAGAAGAUUGGACUAGGUUUCCUCUAUCUAACAUUCCAAAAGGAUGGAGACAAGAAGUAGAUAAAGUAACAAAAGAAGUUUACUUUGUUAAUAACUCUACCACUAAAAAGUGGUUUUCCUCUAUUGAUGAUAAUGGAAGAAGAUAUUUCUUUGCUGAAGAUAGCAGUGAAUCCUUUUGGGAUCUUCCCAGUGUUUCACUUGCUGAUGUUAAGUGUGUAAAGGAUACCAAAGAUGAAGUUUCACCAUUAAAGUCCAAACAGAAGAACAUCUCACCACCGAAUAGUCUGUCUUCUAACUUUGUACCCAAAAAGGUCAAUUUCUCCACUUCAGGUCUGUCUAGGGCUGAUCGGGGUCUACGAACCAGGUCAUUGGUUCUCCCAGAAACUGUCACCUCUUCCUCUCUAGAUGAUUCUGACAAAAUCUGUAAUGUUCCUCGUUCAGAUAGAGAGAUAAUGAACCUACAAUGGCCUUUGUUUCAAGAUGGGAAAUUGUCUGUAAUAAAACAGGGAACUCUUAACCGAACCAAACUAAUAGAAGGCUCACGUCGCCAGAAAAAGAACUGGUCUUCAUGCUGUGUCAUUCUGACUGACUUGUUUUUGCUGAUAUACAAAGAUAUCCGACCAACUAACAUGACUGUGAUGGAUACAAAGCCAGAAAUGUGUGUGGACCUAAAGGGUACUUUGGUUGAAUGGUGCCCGGACAAGUCUUCAAGAAAAAAUGUCUUCCAAAUAAGUACAGUGUUGGGACAAAGAGUACUUCUUCAGGAUGAUAAUGCUCAGACAAGUAUGGAGUGGUUCAAUUCGAUCAAGACUGCAGUGAUGGGGCUGCCUUCAGGCUUUGAUCAUCAACUUACACAUACAGACCAACAGGACCAUAAUGUGAAAGGGUUAAAAGAUGAAAAAAAAAGAAAUAAAGUGGCACGUUCAAAAUCAACAAAACCAAUUAGAGGAAGCGGUGAUGACAGCCUUGAAACUAGUCCAUUAGAGAAAAAAAAGAAGAUCCGUGACAGAUUACGCAACUUUUUUCUUAGAAGGCCUACAAUGGAAAGCCUCAAAGAAAAAGGAAUUAUUAAAGAUGAACCAGUCUUUGGGUGUAAUCUACAUAGCUUGUGUUCAAGAGAAAAAGUAGAAGUACCAAAGUUUGUAAAGAAAUGCGUACAGGCCAUAGAGAAUCGAGACUUGUCAGCUGAUGGCAUUUAUCGAGUAAGUGGGAACCUGGCACAAGUCCAGAAAAUACGAUUUCAUGUCAAUCAAGAUGACUACUCUCUUUUAGAGGAAGAAGAAGACAUUCAUGUACUGACAGGGGCUCUAAAAAUGUUUUUCAGGGAGAUGAAAGAACCAUUGGUUCCUUUUAAAGCAUUACCACAGUUUUUGUCUGCUAUGGAACAAAAUACAAAACAAGAGAAACUGAAACAUUUCAAGAAGCUUGUACGUUCUCUUCCUCGACCAAACUAUUCAACCCUAAAAUUCCUCUUCAGUCACUUGCUCAAGACCACUAAAGCUAGUGAACAGAACAGAAUGCAUGUACAGAACUUAGCCAUAGUAUUUGGACCAACAUUGAUGUGGUCUGAGAAGGAGUCUUCCAACAUUGCUCUAGACUUCAUGCAACAGAAUUUAGUGAUUGAGUUUCUACUCUUGGAGUUCGAUGAAGUGUUUGGAUAGUUUUAUUUUCAAUUCAUGUUGGCUAGUUAGUUGCUCAUACUUCCAUGUUAUGCAGGUGUAACCAAGCCUUUAGCUCGAUGUUUGUGCAACAGAUUUAACUGUUGCAACAGUAUUAUGCUUGUGGUAUGUAAAUAUUUGCUUUUCAAGCUGAAUGAUGACUGGUUUUGAUAACUGUGGUGGAAACAGUGAUAUAUGCAGCUAAUAUUGCAUGUUUGGCUUUGUUAUUUGUGAAGAUGGUUUGAAUGAUUACACCAGUUUGGCUUUGUUAUUUGUGAAGAUGGUUUGAAUGAUUACACCAGUUUGGCUUUGUUAUUUGUGAAGAUGGUUUGAAUGAUUACACCAGUUUGAGUGACACAUGUGAAAUGUGUAUAUAUAUUCAUGAAAAUAUUUUAGUUCAACCAUGUAGGUCUUGCAUGUUUUCUACCAAUGCUAUCAGUCCACUAAGAGAACUUAAUACAAACUAUUAAAUUAUCUUGUGCCUUUGUAAGUUUGAAAUAGUAAUUUUCAGUAUUUCGUGGAAAACAUUAUACAAAAAUUGGUAUUUGAUAAUUCUAGCAUUAUUUUUAUAUAAUAAUAUUACACCAUUCCAGUUUGUGAUUAAGGAGUAAAAAAGUGAGAGUUUGAAAACAUUCCAUUUUGCUGUAUAUUUGUUUUUAUGUAAAUCCUUAGUUUAAAAUAACCAAAUUAAAAAACCUUGUAUUUUAAUGAAUCUUUAAUAUAUAAUUAACUGAGUGAUUCCAGUAAUAAGUCCAUGAUUUAGUGCCUUUAUAAAGUUGUUUAGUUUCGGUUUAGAAAAAUUGUACAUAACACUGUUUAACAAUUUUUAUAAAAUAUAUAUAUAUAUAUGUAUUAAAAAUGUAUAGAUUAUUCAGAGUCAAAUAAAAACAGUAUUUUCAAACAUAUACACAGCUACUAUAAAUUGAAAAAAAUUGAUAAGUAGUUUAGCAAAAAGUUCCUUUUUUUUAAGCAAAAAAAGUAAAGAAAAAUUAAGUGUUUGAUUUUCCUAAAGUUUAUAAGAGAAGCUGAUUUUAAAAACAAUAUUUUUUGGUUUACAUGUGUUCGUUAGUCUGUAUGUUGAAUACUAGUUAUCUAGUGGUGGCAAAAGUAAAUAAAUCCAAAAUAAUCCACUUAAAAUAUUCAAGGUACAAUUUACAUAACUGAAAUAUUUGCAAAAUGCCAAGUACUUUACAGGUGUAGAUUAAUUGGAACAUUUAAUAGCAGUAUUCUUAAAACUUGCAGUUGAAAAGAACAUUUCUUUUGCUGUUAAUAGCCUUUUGGUUUGGAUGAAAAACAUUUGUGAAAAUUUAACAUAAAUCUAGCCUCCCGGUGAAAUCUGUAAAAAACCUGUAUUUUGUUCCUAUCAUUUAUUUUUGCUUAAUAUAGGCCUAAAAAACCUGUAACUUUGAAAGUAACCCUACAUUUUAACCAGAAAUACAAUUAUCAAAACUGUAGUUGUGAUAUUACCAUAAUUAUCCAAUACAGAUCUGUGGAAAUAUAAUGAUUUUGUUGCAUUCUUGAUGUGGUUGGAUAAUUCAGACUUCUUUAUCAGAACUGACAUGGUAAAAUCUUUGUCAUCACACACAGAGUGAUGGAUUUCUCCAUGGGAAAUUUUACAGAUAGGUAUAGAAAUUCACAUUUAUUAUUAGCCAAAUAUAAAUAUAUAUUAACAUUUUAAAAAAUAUUUAUUUUUGUAAUGGCCCACUGGGAGGCUUGGUAAAUGAAUUUUUAGUUUUAUAGAAGUCAUAAGAUAUAAAAAAGAAAAUGAUUGUUUUGGUUGAGGCUUAGAUUUUAUCAAUAAGAAGUAAACAUUUCCUAAAAAAAGCACGUAACAUUUCAGCAAAUAAGUAACAGUGCCAAUAUUUUGAGAAGCAGUCGAUUUUUGGUCAAAUAAUUAAGUAUUAAAAUAGUUAAUUCACAGUAAAUGCAAAGAUACUAAUACUUUUGGCUUUAUCUUUCGUGUAAAAAAUGAGAUUUAUGUUGUAUCUUCAGGACAAUGGAAGUUAAAUAUACAAGUUGUUCAUCAAAGUUUUGUAUGCAUUCAGUUUCUAAAAGGAUAAAUAUUUAUUGUUUUGCAAGUACUUGACACAUCUCUUUAUACUUGGCAUUAUGAAGCACUUCCCAGAAAAAUAAAUAAAUUAUUCUUACUAAUACUAUGUAUUAUUUUUUUUCUACUUCUGUCAUGUGCAGCUAGUCCAGCAGCUGUACCAAACAAUUGUAUACUUGGUGUUAGAAUGAGGCCAAUAAAGUGAUUUAAGUUUUUUUUACAAAUAAAUAAAUGAAAUAUUUAAAUUUAUUGUGCUCGUACUGAUUGAAUAUAUUUCAAAGUUGAUCCUACCAUCAUAUAAUUAGUUGUUAGGCUAAUUGGCCAUAAAGAAAUUUACAAAAAGAUAUCUUGUAUUUUUUAUUUAUGUAAAUGAUUAACUUGAUAGUUAGCCUUUACUUCAGUGAUUAACUUUGAUGAUUUGUGUUACUGUUGUUUCACUAAAACUUUUGAACCAUGAUCCACAUUAAAGUUUUAACUUUUUACUGCAGUAACAAUAUGUUUAUUUGGAAGUACCAUGUUUUGUAAAUGUGUCACGUAACCCUGCGAUGUGAAUAAUUGUUUUUCAGAAACCAUUAUUCCAUACAGUAAGCUGUAAAAAUUGUGUAUUAAAUAGAUGCUGAAAGAUUAGUAAGUAUGAAGUAACAGCUCAAGUUCACUACCUGGUAUUACUGGAACAGUUUUGAACGUUAAGCUAUAUAAUGUUUGCACGUAUGUUAUUAUGGGUUCGGAAAUAUCCAUGUUUCAAAACCUGCGUUUAACCUACUAGGGUCAUUAUAUGUUGCUGUAAUUAGAAUGAUAAUGUAAAUAAAAGGUUAGAAGCUGUACAAAAAAACAUUUUAAAGAUAAACAUGGCAAAAGGUAUUAAGUAUCGGACUAUCAUGUAACAAAAUGUAAACCAUAUGCAUUCAUUAAAAUUACUAGAGAAUUUUAAGAUAAAUUAUUCAUUCCUAGAAGACAUAGUACAGAAUUAAAGUAGUUGAAGAUCUCAAGGUUGAAAGUGUACUACAGUAUUAUUAGAUGAAGUUCUUUUAGCUUUAGGUUCGUAAGAAGAACUUAUUACUUUAGAUAGUUUAAGCCAAAGACUUCUGAUAAAAACUGUAAUUAGUUCUUUCACUUUGGUUUUUGAAAGACAAGCUUCCAGUGCAAGAAAUAACAUUAACUUCUUCAAACCAAAGAUAUUUACUUGUACAAUAGAAGUUUAAAUAGUUUUGUUGUUGGAUAUUCUAGGUGUGUGUUAUUCAUCAGGAGAAACAGUUUCCAAACUUAAAAAAUAUUUUGAUGUGAGACCUGAUGAAGGUUGUUUAUUUUGAAUAUUGCUAUGAAGCAAAACUUUUUUUUUUUUCGUUGUGAAGAUGUUUUAGCUGUUUCACACCGUUCAGUACUUAUUGAAGGUCAGCAACUAUGGUAUCUGAAUUGUUUAUAAAAAUAUUUGUUGAAAAAAAAGUUGUGUUUUAGCUAGCACAUUUUUUUUUGUUUCAUACCCAAGAAUAUUGUAGCAUGAAAAGUACAGUACCUUGGAUUUAUUUUUGUUUCUAAUUUGUAAUUAAAUAUGUGUGUUAUAAAUGAAGAUAUUUUUCUAAAUUUUGUCUUAAGUCACGUUAUUGUAAUAAUCAAAAUACAGAAAUGCAUUUUGAUGUCGAAGUAUGUUUGUUUGUUUUUCAAAGAUAAAGACAGUUUAUUUACCAUUUGCUAAUUAUUGAUGUUGAUAAAAUAAAAUA